AUGCAGUCCAUCUUGAGAGGUGUGCCAGACAUUGAGGCCGCCCGAACUCUGGAGCAACGCCUGAGCGAAUACCGUGAAAAAAGGAGAAUACGAAAAGAAUUGCUUGCGGAGCAGGAACAUCAUAUGAGGAAACAACUUGACGAGAUUUCCGAGAGGAAGAGGUUGCUGGAGGCAGCGCUUAACACCAAUCUGGAGCAACAACAAGCCGACCCGGAGGCAGAGACACUUCUGCAAGAGUUAACGACGAUGGACCGAAGUAGAUGCCGGCCACUGUGCGAAGGGAUGCAGCGGUACCUGCCACGCGAACUUCGCGACAUGGUCUACGAGCAUCUUGUGGGUCCCGCAAGCCGACAUAACAAUAACCACAAGGUCUAUGUACAGUCGUCGAAGAACUCCAGCACACGGGAAGGCUUUGUGCUCACACGCAUGUAUCAUUUUGUGUUCGAUGUUGGACAGUUGGAUCACAUGGGACAUAAGACAUGGCAAGAACUGGUGGAGCACUGGUACACAACUUGCACUUUCGACUUCGGCACAAACAUACAUCUCAUCGAAGCCUUCCUCAAAGGAGAUGUUGCUGACUCUGGCUUUCAUGCUCUCGAUCUAGUUCACCAGCUAGCAAUAACUCUCGUUUAUAAUCGCGAUACAGAAUUGGUUUUAGAUGAAAGGCGUAUCGUCGGAGCUUUGGCACAUCUUGCUCUACUGGAACGGCCGGCCCGACUGCGCAUCAUUCUAGAUGGGAUCGUCCGCCAGCAGUUUGUGUGGAUGAUUGAUAAAGUUCUACGUCUGCUUCCCAUUUUGCCAGGCUGGACAAUUGAGUUCAUCAUCGAGAUACUUACUGACAGGCAUCCACCUAUGCAUCCUAACAUUCCCGACACAGUACCGGGGUAUCAUGUCAGAUUAUUGAUACCUGGCGAUUCAACGUUCACACCUCAUCAGUGGAUAGAGUCAUACAAACGACUCCAGUCAGAGUUCGAACAGUACUACAACGCUACCCUGGACGAGUCAAGUGACAAGGAUGACGUGGACUAUGGGAAUGACGAAGACGACUAUUCAACCGGUUCGGAAGAUCAUAGCGAGGGACAUACCGACGACGAGUGGUAUGAACAAUUACAGCCUAGAGGAGAUGAAAUCCUCGAACUUUGUCAUGAGCUCAACUGGUGUCGCAAAGAUAAACUCGACAUGCAGCAGGGGCUGCCUGUGAUGCAUGAUUCACUAGCUUAA